GAAAGAUGUCCCGCCUAGAGGUUCAAAGAUCUGCCCUUCGCCUGUCGGAUCCUCUGAGUGAUGGCAGAACUCAACAGCAGCUGUGUGAGCUUGAGCAAAUCUUUGCAUCUUGUUAUGGCCCCUGUGGCCAACUCAAGCAAAUACACAACAAUCGGGGCGGUCACAUCCAGACCACUUCUACAGCUUUAGUUCUUCUCCGUGGAGUCCCAGUGUCUGACCCCCUUCUCAAGUUACUGUGUGCAUCUGUGCUGAACCACAUCUCACGAUUCAGUGACUGUGGCUUAUUUACCAGCAUCCUCAGCUGCCGUCUAAUUCAAAGUGCUCUACAGCUAAACUUUCAUUCUAGCACAAUAGUCAGAAUAUUCAAGCAUCUCCUAGGGGAUUGUAUUCGCUAUUUAAAUAGUGAUAGUUGUGCCUGCAAGCUUAAAAUUGAUUUUAAUAGCACCCAGGUCUUACUUUCUCUGGCACGUAGCAUCAUAGUUAGUAAACCUGCUUGCUUACUUAACUCUAAAGAGGUGCAGCACGUAAGCUGCCUGUUGCUAAAGGCAUUUUUGCACACCGUUCCUUGCCAUAUAGGAGGCAAUACUUUGCUUGGUAAAACUAUUGUGUAUUCCAUAGAGGGCCAUAGAGCAGAAAAGUCAUCACUGUUCCCUGGGAUGCUUUUGGAUUUGUUGGACACAUGUCCUAAAUUUGUGCACACAAAGUUAACUUCCAGAAGUAUUAAAGUGAUGGUAUUUAGUGCAUCCUUGUCAGGAGACCUUCCUGAGGGAGUCAAUGGAGGUGUGGAAGCAUGCACUGGUGUGUCUCCUGAAGCAGUCCUUCUGGAAUCGUUGCUUAAUUUAGGUAGCCAGUUAAUCGCUGAUGAUGUUGAUCUUCUGGUGUGCCAAAAAGUGGUGCAUCCUGCCCUUAAGCAGCAGCUGAAAAAGCAUAAAAUGAUUGUUGUUGACCGUCUCGGCCAUGCCUUGAUGGAACCACUGACCCAAAUCACAGGUGCAACAGCGAUUGCUUCAUUUCAAACUGCAGUUCCACACAAAUGUUAUGGGCAGCUGAAGGGUCUUGACAUGGUUUCUGUCGCUUCAAAGCGAUUACUACAUUUAAUUCCUUUUGAGGACUCUUGUGUGUAUACAUUGGUGCUCUGUAACAGAAAUGAAACCACACUGAAUGAACUUAAGAUUGCGUGUCAGACUGCAGAACAUGUUUUAAAACUUACACUGAAGGAUCCAUUUGCUCUUCUUGGUGGAGGAUGUACAGAAGUUCAUUUGUCAGCCUAUAUCAGGAAUAAGGUCACCAGUGAGAUGAAUUGUGAACUUGCUGAUCUUGACUGCACCGCCACAGAAUAUAUGGUGGUCGCACGCUGCUUUUGCUCCUCAUUGGAAUAUGUGGCACGGGCUUUAGAUCAUGAAGGGAGAGAGUGUCUUAUAGAUCUAUCCCAUGGACACAAAUGGAUAGUCCCGUCAAAUGAGUUCAUCGGCUGCAAGUGGAGCGAUCUCGUGACACAAUGUGCCUGUGGCAGUAUUGAAAAAUCAAACCGCAUGAAUUGGGUGGUGCUGGAUGGUAACUAUGACACCUUUUCACCAAAGCUGAUCGAAAACAUUCAGAUGGAAAACAUCCCAGAAUGUAUUAUUCUGGACUCCUUUGCUGCAAAAACGAAUGCUUUGCAGGUUGCAGUCGAAACGGCAAGCUUGGUCCUGGAUUUUAAGCAUGUUGUAAAAGAUGUUAAUUAAAUAGUUUUGAAUUAAAAGACUAAAGAAAAA